AUGUCAAGGACCGCAGGUCGCUUGGGAACUGGAUGUAGGCACGGGUUGUUUCCGAACCAGUAUAAAAACUCUUGUGUGUUUGUUUCCUUCUUCCCUACUCUUUUACUUUCCGCUGUCAAGAAGGAGCUCAACCUUGUUUGCACCAUCCCACAAGCUUUUCUCGCUCGCCAGAAACACACUGAUGAAGAAGGAUUUUUUUUAUCUGUUUAUGGGUUUAUCUUUGUGGAGUACAAUGUUUUGUAUGUUUAUCAUGCAAUGUUUGCCUACUUCAAUAGGGACAAUGUUGCACUCAAGGGUCUUGCCAAUGUUUUGAUUUACCUUGAGUCAAGCGAGGAGGAAAGGGAGCAUGUCGAGAAAUUAAUGGAAUAUCAAAACAAACGAGGUGGAAAAGUGAAGUUGCAAUCCAUAGUGAUGCCUUUUUUUGAGUUUGACCAUGAGGAAAAGGGAUGUGUGCUAUAUGAAAUGUUGCAUACAAAUACACAUGAUGUAUGUAAGCCAACUUGUUCAAAGUGUUUGCUUUCUCCAAUGAACUUCCCCUGUGAAAUUUGUAUGUUUGGAACUAAACGUAUUUUGUGUUUGUUUCUUAAGCUAACCAAUGAAAAAUUACUUAACUUGCACAGAGUUGACUCAAAGAACAAUGAUGUGCAAUUGGCUGAUUUUAUUGAAAGCAAGUUUUUGGGUGAACAGGUAAAGUGA